AAGAAAAUAAAAUAAAAAAGCUUUAUGUUGUAUGAAUUUGUGAAUGUAGCAUAUCCAUCCAUGGCUAGUGCAACCAAUCCUUCAUUUUCCAUAUGCCACAAAAUCUUCAACUUUUCCCUAAUCCAUUCUUCCAUUUCACUCACCCUUAACUUCCCACAUAGAACCAUAUCCCCAAAACCCCUUAACCUAAAACCCCAAUUAUUCAACCCUUCUCCUUUCUCACUCUAUCCUCUUCACCCACGUUCACUUUCCUUUCAUGAAGAAGACUCUGAACCUGAAACUGAAACUGAAACUCAACCCUUACAAAAUUCAGACCCUAAACUGUCAAACUCAAACCAAUCAACGAGACUCUUCGUGGGGAACUUGCCUUUUUCAUUGUCUUCUUCCCAAUUGGCUGAGCUUUUCGGAGAGGCUGGAAAUGUACUGUCUGUGGAGAUUGUGUAUGAUGACUUCACGGAUAGAAGCAGAGGAUUUGCAUUUGUUACAAUGGGGAAUGUGGAGGAUGCUGAAGAAGCAAUUCGAAUGUUUGAUGGCACUAAAGUUGGAGGUAGGGUUAUUAAAGUAAACUUCCCGGAAGUGCCCAAAGUAGGCAAAAAGGCACUAAAGGGCUCAAAUUAUAGAGGUUAUGUAGACAGCCCUCACAAGCUCUAUGCUGGAAACCUUGGUUGGGAUCUGACUUCCAAAGAUCUUAGAAAAGCCUUCGCCAAGCAGCCAGGGUUACUGAGCGCCAAGGUCGUCUAUGAAAGGCACAAUGCAAAAUCUCGAGGAUACGGAUUUGUCUCCUUUGAAACUGCUGAUGAUGUAGAGGCUGCUUUGAAUGCCAUGAGCGGCGUGGAGGUUCAAGGCCGGCCCUUACGACUGAAUUUGGCUGCAGAUAACAAGAAGCCUUCGCCUCCUCUGGUGAUUGAUGAAAAUAAAGGAAAUAAUGUUGAUAGCUUGGGAAUGUUGUUUGGAUUAAGCAAAUGAGGUAUAUAAGUUAUCUUUCUUUUUUUCCCUCUUGAAAAUGCUUCAUUGUUGUACAAAGUGGUCCCUCAUGUCAUAUUUUUCUAUCAAUUACUAAUCACAUUGGCAUACACUAACUACAAGAUCAAUGUCAAUUUAUACAAGAUCAAUGUCAAUUUAUGUGUAACGGUAGCAAGAGAUUAUGCUUCAAAAUCCAAAGUCCACAAUUUUUAUGUUGAUA